CAAACUGUAGAAAAUAAUGAAAAAUAAAACUUAAGAAACAAGGAUUUCUUUUUCUUUUAUCCUUUUCUUUUUUCUUCUUUAUGUGUGCAUUUCAUUUCAGUUUUUAAUUUUUUUUUGUUGAAAAUAACAAAAAAAAAAUCUCUCUAUAUAUGAUCUUGGAUUAAAAAGUAGACAAUUAAGAGAAAAGAAAAAAGAUGGCAGGAGGUGGAUUUGUUUCGCAAGGUGGUGGUACACACUAUGAAGGAGGUGUCAAUAGUUUUGUUAUUGUCACUUGUCUGGUUGCCGCGAUGGGUGGUCUCAUCUUUGGAUAUGAUCUUGGAAUUUCUGGAGGGGUGACUUCAAUGGAACAUUUCCUCAAGCUGUUUUUUCCAUCAGUUUAUGAACAACAAGCCAAGGCAUCUGGAGGGAACCAAUACUGCAAGUUUGACAGCCAGUUACUCACGUUAUUCACAUCUUCACUAUACUUGGCAGCACUAGUUGCUUCUUUCCUUGCUUCAGCAGUAACCAGGGCAUUUGGAAGGAAAAUGUCAAUGCUCACUGGGGGUUCAGUGUUUUUGGUGGGUUCAAUCUUAAACGGUGCUGCUGUCAAUGUUGAAAUGCUAAUCAUCGGCCGUUUGUUACUUGGUGUUGGUGUUGGCUUUGCCAAUCAGUCUGUUCCAGUAUAUCUGUCAGAAAUGGCACCAGCAAAGAUUCGAGGAGCCCUAAAUAUCGGUUUCCAAAUGGCCAUUACCAUAGGCAUUCUAGUUGCAAAUCUUGUUAACUAUGGAACGGCUCAAAUUAAAGAUGGUUGGGGUUGGAGGCUUUCUUUAGCUCUUGCAGCAGUUCCAGCAAUAAUGAUGACCAUUGGAGCAUUCUUUCUACCUGACACUCCUAACUCAAUCCUUGAGCGAGGUGACAUGGAGAAGGCUCGACAAAUGCUGAAAAAAAUUCGAGGUUUGGAUAAUGUGGACGAGGAAUUUCAAGAUCUUGUUGAUGCGUGCGAGGCUUCAAAGAAAGUGCAACACCCAUGGAAGAACAUCAUGCAACCAAAAUAUAGGCCUCAACUUGUCAUUUGCUGCGUCAUCCCAUUCUUCCAACAGCUUACAGGAAUCAAUGUGAUUACAUUUUAUGCUCCUGUUCUUUAUAAAACUCUAGGUUUUGGUGAUAGUGCGUCACUUAUGUCUGCUGUUAUAUCCGGUGCCGUUAAUGUCCUUGCAACAAUCGUAUCUAUUGUUACGGUCGACAAGUUUGGUCGAAAGUUUUUGUUCCUUGAAGGAGGCAUUCAAAUGUUCAUCUGCCAGAUAGCAGUGGGAAGCAUGAUUUGGAAAAACUUUGGAGUCAAUGGUGAAGGAUCAAUGCAAGGAGGUAUUGAUGCGGACAUCCUAUUGGCUCUAAUCUGCGUAUAUGUGGCAGGAUUUGCAUGGUCUUGGGGCCCGCUGGGUUGGUUGGUACCAAGUGAAAUCUGCCCCCUAGAGAUCCGAUCAGCUGGACAAGCGAUAAAUGUGUCUGUGAACAUGCUUUGGACAUUUGUCAUUGGUCAAUUGUUCCUGUCGAUGCUUUGCCACAUGAAGUUCGGUCUCUUCUAUUUCUUUGCAGGGUUUGUGGCGCUUAUGACCAUUUUCAUUUACUGGUUCUUGCCUGAGACCAAGAACGUACCAAUUGAGGAAAUGAACAGAGUGUGGAAGGCACAUUGGUUUUGGGGGAAGUUCAUUCCAGAAGAUGCAGUGAUUGGUCAUCAUGUUAGCAUGGAGCCGUAUGGCAAAGGAGUCUGAAUUAGAUGUUACAAGAAUACAGCAAUGAGCUUUAUUCUGUCCUUGGAACUGAGAUUUUUGGUAGAAUAUGAGACAAUUAUAAUAAGGAGAGGAGAGUAAGGAGUUGUUUUAAUUUUGAUUCUCAAUAAAGUUAACUCAUCUCACAAUUUUGAUGAA